GUCGAACACCGCUUCAAGCCUGGUGAGGUAUCCUGUAAGGGGUGUUCUGGUUGAAGGCUGAAGUGAAAAUAACGAAAUUAACGGCCAAGCAUUAAACGAUGCGUAUCGAGAAUAAGGAGGAAGUAAUUCGUGGCUUCAAUACGGAAGUACGUAACAAUUGGUAUCAGCAUAGCGGUCGAUCCUUACUGAUGGCAGAAGGGACAAGGGGAGCAUUGAAGGGUCAACAGCAAGAAAUGGUGCAGCAACAGUUGGAUCAUCAUCAGAUCGCCAUUUCUGGCCUGGCAGAAAGGUUAGAUCAAAUGUCUGAUGUGUUGAAAACUUUGGUUGAAACUGUGAAUGUAAUUUCUCGUAGAGAAAGGGAGGGACCUCGUGAUAGAGAUCAUGACAACAGGAAUCAUGAUGAAAGGGCUGGGGUUCAGAGGAAUGUGAGAUUAGAUUUUCCACGUUUUAGUGGAACUGAACCUGAUGGUUGGGUCUUUAAGGCCAAUCAAUACUUUGACUGUUUUAUGGUUCCAUUCCAUCAGAAGCUCAUGGUUGCUUCACACCACAUGGAGGGGGAUGCUUUGGUAUGGUACCAAAAUGGCAUAGACUCGGGCCAAUUUAAUUCUUGGGAGACCUUGGUGGUAGCUUUACAAACCAGAUUUGGGCCAUCCUCCUUUGAUGACCCUAUGGAGGCUCUCACUAGGUUAAGACAAACUUCUUCUGUGAGUUUGUACACUUCUCAAUUCGAGGCUUUGACUAAUAGGUUGAGAGGCCUAUCUGAGAGGCACAAGAUGAGCUGUUUCAUCAGUGGAUUAAAAGAUGACAUUAGAAUCCCUGUUAAAAUGUUUAAUCCAUUAAACCUGGGGGCUGCAUUUGGUUUGGCAAAAUUACAGGAAGAAUAUGUCCUAUCUUCUAGGAAAUCUUGGCGUCCUGCUAAUCAUUAUGCUGAUAAGUGGUCAAUUAAUAACACUGGCUUUACUGACUCAGUUUCUAAGGACCACAAAAGUUUGUUGCCUUUCAAGAAGGUAAAUCCGUCUCAUAUUGAUGAAAAAAGGAAAAAAGGUUUGUGUUUCCAUUGUGAGGAAAAAUGGAAUCCAAGCCAUGUGUGUAAGAAGCCGAAAGUUUAUUUCAUUCAGCUUGAUUCUGAUAUGGAAAACCAACUUGAUGUUGAGGAGUCUGAGGUUAUUCCUUCUGAGGAUCCAGUUUCUGAAGAGCUUGAUGUUGUGGAAAUUUCUGUUAAUGCCAUCUCGGGUUGCCUUGGGGGUAAUGCUAUGAGAUUGCAUGGAUCUAUUGGUUCUUGUGUUGUUGAAAUUCUAGUGGAUUCAGGAAGCACACACAACUUCUUGGAUCCUGUUGUGGUUAAAGCAGCUAAGCUGACGGUUCAGCAAGAUUCCUGUUUGCAAGUUUGUGUGGCUAAUGGUGAAAAAAUCAUAACUCAAGGUAGUGGACAGGAAGUUUUUAAGAUUCAGGGUUCUAAGUUUCCUGUUCCCUUUCAUGUUCUUUCCUUAGGGGGGUGCGAUGUAGUACUUGGGGUCCAAUGGUUAAAGACUUUGGGCUCGAUUACUUGGAAUUUUUUAGAGAUGUCAAUGUGUUUCAAGUGGGAUGGUCAGGCCAUUAAACUGCAAGGUUUGAAUUCUGCUAGUGUUCAGAUGAUGGUUGGUGCCAAAGGCUUCAAGUCUGCUUUUGUUAAUAAGCAGGCUUGGUUGUUGCAAUUGAUGCUUAUUGACCACGAGCCUACUAAGAUGUGUGUUGAAGGACCAGUGUCUGCAUUGCUUGAGGAGUUUGCUGAUGUUUUUGAGGAACCUGUUGGACUGCCACCAAGAAGAGAAUUUGACCAUCAAAUUAUCUUGAAGGAAGGGGCUUCACCUGUUUCUGUUAGACCUUACAGGUAUCCUCAUUACCAGAAGUCUGAAAUAGAAAAGAUAGUUCAUGAAUUGCUGCAGUCUGGUGUGGUGAGACCUAGCUAGAGUCCAUU